UUUGUUUUGCAUCCCUGAUCAACUUAAAAUGAAGCUCAUUGGUCACACCUGAUUAGAUGAGCUGGGAGGUAAAGAAGCAAGCACUAGGUAAAACGUCAAGUCAACUUUCACACAAAAAAUAGAUCAUGCAGCUUGGAGGGCGACAGUAAACACUCGCCAUCCGAGAAAAGGCCAAUCAGACCGAAAACGAAAGAAAAAUCUGCUGAGAGUGCGGCACGUGACGGAUGGCUCUGCUUUCUCAAACAAGCAAGUAAACAAGCGCUUAGAUCGACUUCUGCGCCGGAGGGCAACGCAUCUCGCCACCGCCGAGCUCCGCAAGCAAGUGGCACAAUGAUGUAUUCCAGGCAUUGAGGAGGCCUUGAUCUGCUGGUUGCUGUGUACUGGUUAGAACUAGUUGAGUCUUUUAUAAAAGGUGGCCAAGAUGAAAAUACAACCAAAAUGCUCGAAAGACAAUGCUAAGCCCAGCACUGGUCUGCAGAGGCAAAGGUUCAGCCCAUGCCUUUUCUACCUGAAUAAUCUCCUCUUGGCAAUUGGCUAUGUAGCUCUGCUGCUUUAUGCCCUCAUCUGGAAAGCGGGGAAUAUUGUGGACUCUUCCACCAAAAAAAUUGGCUUCUACAACUUCUGCUGGUGGGACCAAGAAGCAGAAAAACUUGAAUGCUUCAAGAACUUGGAGAAGAUGGGCAUCAACAGUGUUGCGCUGGUGUUGUCAAGGAUCUGUGUGUAUUCUACGCCAGUCUUGUGUCUCUUUGUUGCCACUACAGUUUUGCAAGCCCUGUGCUUGAAAGACAGAGAUGGAUUCAAACUGGCCUGCAUCCUUUUGGCCAUUGGCAGCUUGAUGUUGCCCGUUGGCCUCGCUUUGUUCAUCUUCCACACUGAGCCAUGGAUAAGGGUCUCUGAAUUUGGCGAAGUUUUUGUAGCCCUGGCUGGGGCUCACAUUUUGAUGCUACUCCACUUGAUCUUUCUUGUCCUGUUCCUUGCACAUUGCAAGGAUGCUCUACCCAAAGGACAAAUCUUUCCUGUGUAAAUAUGUGAAGUUCCUACCUGGGAUACCAAAUACUGUAGUGGAUUUAAAAGAUAUGUGGAUCCAGUGACCCCGAUGCCUUUCCAAGCCCUCACAUGAAUGAUGAGCGUGUUGGGGGGAAGAGUUGGCACUCCUAGCACACAGAUAUUUCUCUCUCUAUCUUAAGUGCCGGGGGAGGGAGGGAGAGAUUGCAUGAUUGCUGCCUUCUUCAAUCAAGCACUCAUUU